UGUGAUGUACAGAAAGACGGGCCAUUAUUUCAACAGGUUUCAUUUCACACUGGAUCCCUGUUUUGGUGUUGACCAUUACUUUAUAAUAAUUGAUGUCCUGUUCAUGGCAGAAAUGGAAUCUCUCUAUCUAUCUUUCUCUGUCUCACACACGCAGGCACGCUCUCUCAAAUAAGCACGCACUCGUUCUCGCGCUCUCUCGCUCUUACUCUCUAUUUCCCCUCUCCAAUUACUUUUUGCGGUUUUCCACAGAAGUUAAAGAAAUGCAAUGUCAGAUAAACAACUGAUGGCAAAUAUGAAGCAUUCUGCCAGAUAGACUACAAUGUGCAGAUUGCAGACGUGUACCGCGAGUGCAGUGUACCAGUGGCGCCAUCUACAAGGUGAGCAAAGAAGAAUUCGACACAGCUCCGGACUCUCUCUCGGAGGAAUACGGAGUGAGGAUUACACAGUUUCCUCAACGAAUCAGUUGUACUAUAGACAAUGUCGUGGAGGUAAAUUGACACCGAACCUACCUGAAUGUGGGCAGAGCCUGAGGCCUGAGUUAACAGAUCGCCUGCUGCUGCUGUGUGCGUGGCACGGAUCGUCAGUGACUGUCAUGGAGGAAGUGUGGGACCCAACUGUGAAAUGGGAGACGGCUGUUUGACAUGUGAAGCCCACCUGGAGAAAAUGUCUGCUUUCAGGCCUGGAUAUAAGGAAUUACUCAACAAGAAGGAAACGUCACUGUAGGGAAUGUCGUUUUCCCUCUUCCCUUCUCAUUAACAACAACAUGUCGGAUUGUCCUGACCCUGCAAAUGCUUAGUGUCAAAAUAACAAUGCACCUACAGAAUAUGAGGACAAUGUGCAACAUUUCCUUCUGCAAUGUGGACUCAAAGAUCGACCAGUACUUCCAGCCUACGCUGUACAUCAUUGUCAUCGUCCUGGGCCUGCCCACCAACUGCAUGGCUCUGUGGGCGGCUUACUUGCAGGUGAAGCAGAAAAACGAGCUGGGCAUCUACUUGAUCAACCUCUCCGUGGCUGACCUCCUCUACAUCGGCACCCUGCCCCUAUGGAUCGACUACUUCCUCCAGCACGACGACUGGAUUCACGGCCAGAAUUCCUGCAAGCUGUUCGGAUUCAUUUUCUACACCAACAUCUACGUCAGCAUCGCCUUCCUCUGCUGCAUCUCCAUCGACCGAUACCUGGCCGUGGCCUACCCGCUCAAGUUCGCCAAGGUCCGGAGGGUCAAAACCGCCGUGCUGGUCAGUUCCGUGGUGUGGACCAUCGAAAUAGUGGCCAACUCUGCACCCCUCUUCCACGACGAGCUCUUCCAGGACCGUUUCAACCACACCUUCUGCUUCGAGAAGUACCCCAUGCAAGACUGGGUGGCGGGCAUGAACCUUUACCGGACCUUUCUGGGUUUCCUGGUUCCCUGGCUGCUCAUGCUGGGUGCGUACCGGGGCAUUCUGCGGGCGGUGCGUGGCAAUGUGUCCACGGAGUGCCACGAGAAGGCCAAGAUCAAGCGCCUGGCGCUGAGCCUAAUCCUGAUCGUAUUGCUGUGCUUCGGGCCAUACCACGUGCUCCUGCUGUGUCGCAGCAUCCUCUUCCUCCAGAAGCCCUGCGAUUGUGGUGCAGAGGAGGACCUGUUUGCAGCCUACCAUGUGGCGCUGGCGCUCACCAGCCUGAACUGUGUGGCUGACCCCAUCCUCUACUGUUUUGUUAACGAGGGCGCACGCCAUGACGUCAGUCACGCGCUCACCACCCUGCUGGGGGUCUUCAAGCGGAACUCGCCCUCGCCAGCUGACGCACUGACAGCUGGCUCUGUCACCUUGGAGACACCACUGUCCACCAAGAAGCAGCUGGGCCUGUACAGCGAGGUCAAGGCCAGCACCUACAAGACAGAGCUGGUGGCCCUCAAAGAGGAGUGUCUUCAGAUGACCAUACUCGGUGUUAAGAAAUGAACAGCCAUCCUGAUCCGCAAUGGGCGGACAUGAGAAAACACAAGACUAUGUGGAAGUGGGGGAUAAUUCAGUUUAUGUAGAAUAAAACGUGGGGGAGAUUUUAGAAUUCUCAUGUGAAAUGUUUUAUCAGUUUUGGGGAUGACACCUCAUUAUGUACCUCAAAUGGUAAACUGCGAUUGAAAUGUGUUUGAUACAGAUGAAAAUAAUCAUAUCAAGAUUGACCACGAGUACAUUGUGACGACAGUAAGAAAGACCACAGUAAGUUCAGUCGCAUAGAUGUGAUGCAACGUGAAACUAAGGAUGUUUGCCAUCAAACUGUGUCUUUCUCCACCUCGUCAUCUAUUGUAGGUAUGUGUUCUGGGUGGGACAGAGUUAUCUAACAAUGGAUUUGACAUGUUUACAUUUCUCUUUCAAUGAGCCUCCAGAUGCAUUGUAACAGCUCCAAAAAUCCUAAAUGUGUUCUGUCAGCCAGAGAGUGAAGCACAAUGCUACGUGUUUGUGUUCAACAAUUUCACUGGGAAAUAAAUGAAGUGUAUCAUCGUUU